GAAUAAUUAUAUGCAGUCCAAUUUCCAAUUGCAAGUUAAUGCAGUCCAACCCCCUCAUUGAGAGUCUCUCCAUAGUAUUAAAUGCAGCAGAUGAAACUCUCACCCACCCUUUUCUCCUCCUCCAAAAAAACAUAAAAAUAAAAAUAAAAAAUUCCCAUUCUAACCCUCUCUCUUUUCUGUCCCUCAACAAAUGGAGAAUUCCCAUUUUUCUCCUCUUCAUCGACAACAUCUUCUUCUCCUUUCUCCAUGUCCUCUCCUCAUAGUUACUUCACCAACUUUGGGUUCGGCUAUUCAAUAGCCAUAGCCCUCGCUUUUCUCGUUCUCUUCGCCACUCUCAUCCUCUCUUUCUACUUCUGUUGCCGCACCAAUAAUAAUCCCAACAACAAUCAUAAUUCCAUCCACGACACUCCCAAUUACUCUCUCGGCGUCGUUGUUUCACGUGACAUCUUCGUAACGGAAGACGAUGAAGAAAACACGGUGGUGGGUCUAGACGAGAACGUAAUAAACUCGUAUCCGAGGUUUCAGUUCAACAGAAACAACGCAACUGUAUUGGGACAGAACAGUACGUGUUCUAUAUGUUUGUGUGAGUACAAAGAUUCGGAGAUGCUGAGGAUGAUGCCUGAAUGUCGUCAUUACUUUCACCUAUGUUGUCUCGAUUCGUGGUUGAAGCUUAAUGGUUCUUGUCCUGUUUGUCGGAAUUCGCCUCUUCCUACGCCGCUUUCUACGCCACUUCAAGAGGUUGUUCCUCUUUCUCACUAUUCAGCUGAUCGGAGACGGAGGUGAUUUUUUUUUCUUUUUCUUUUUUUUUUUUUAUAGGGUAUUUUGUUUUUGUUUUGAUUUGUAUUUUACAUAACAUCAAUUCAAGUAAAUGCUAUUGCUUGUAGAUUCUUAGUUUAAUUCACUGAAAUGUCGAAGCUGAUUUUUUUUUUA